AUGACUCGCGGGAAUCAGAGGGAGAAGGCUCGCGAGAAGAACCUGAAGGACCAGGCUGGACAGAAAAAGAAGAACACGCAAUCCGGCACCGAGUUUCAGCGAACGAAAGAAGCGCAGGCAGCCAUCAUGCGGGAGAAACAAGCAAAAGGUGGGCUCAUAGCGACACUGCAGUCCGGCAUAAAGCCAUUCUGGCCCCUCCUCUUCACAUUCAUCCUCCCCCGAGCGAUCAACUACUACAGCGCCCUAAAGACGGCAUACCGCACCAGGGCACCGCCUCGCCCUCUCCCGAAGCGGACCAGCCGCGGGCUGAACGCGCUGUUCGCAUCGAUAUGCGUCUUUUUGUACCUGUCGUGGCCCUUGAAGGGUGAUGUUAGGGACCACAAUGUGUUUGUGGUCACGCAGUCGCGGCUGUCGGUGCCCACGGACGUGCUCUUUGAGAGACUGGCGCUGGUGCGGGAGAAUGGGAUUCUCACUGCAGCCGACGAGGCUUUGAGGGCGAAAUUGACUUCUCCAGCCCUCCGCCAACUCUACCUCCGCUUCGGGCCUUCGACACUCAGAGACUGUCCCUUCUGCCACCCAGACGACCCCAUGUCGUACUUACUCUACCACCUUCCCACCAACUGUGUGCUACCCCAUCUCUUCCACAUCUUCUCCCUAGGUCUCGCGACCUCGGAGGCCGUCGCGGGCUACGAAGCCUCGACGUGGCGACGCGCCGCGAUCCCCGCGGCCCUGGUCCUCGCGGCCACAGACAUGUUCCUCACAUCGACGUAUACGCCGGCCGUGGCGAUCAGCACGACCGCCCCGGGGGGCAUAUUCUGGCUCGCGUGCACGGCGCGGUAUUUGAGCCUGUGCAUAUUCGACAUGUGCGCGGCGCUGUGCAUCUACGUCUCCGCGACGGGGCGGUUCUCCUACCUCUUCUUCCCUCUGAGCACCGCCGCCGCCCACAACGACCCGGAACUCUCGCGCCGCCGCACCGACGAGCUGCUCACGCAGGCGAACCUGGCGCUCCAACUCGCCGCCACGAAUCUGCGCGCGUACUCGAUCGCGCGCAACGCCGUGGUGCGGAACCGGACCCUCAAGGAUCGCGACGACGCGUACUGGCGCGCCGUGGUCGCCGUCGAAAGCACAGGUGCACCCGCUGGUGCGGACGGAGAUGUCGACGACGACACGCUGUACGAGGACGAAGAGGUGCAGGCCGCCAUCGCAAGGGCCUAUGGCACCGGAGCCAUCAAUAUCGCCACUGUCAAAAGGGAGGCGGAGGCGUUUGUCAGGCACGCGACCAGGGGCUUGGAUGCUCCUACAACUCAGAAUCCGACUCCGAAUAGAUAG